GCCUGGUGUUUUGGUCCUGCCUCAUCUGGUCCCAAUAUGCUAGUUGACGUGACUAAGUCGUGUCAAUAUUUAAAUGAGGUCAAGGACACAGUCGCAGCCGGAUUCCAAUGGGCAACAGAAGAAGGUGUUCUCUGUGAAGAAUCCAUGCGAGGAGUGAAGUUUAAUUUGGAAGACCUUAGUGCGCAUUCUGACCCAGCCCACCGGAAGGGAGCACAAAUGAUUCCAUCAACUAGACGAUGUUUGUUUGCUUCUUUCCUGACAGCCCAGCCAAGAAUUCUAGAACCUGUUUAUCUGGUAGAUAUUGAGGUUCCGCCGUCAGUGAUGGGAGGAGUUUUCAAUGUGCUGUCAAAGCAACGUGGUCUCAUGAUCGAAGAACAACAGAAGAUUUGGUCUCCAAUGUACAGCAUAAAAGCCCAUCUACCUGUCAACGAAUCUUUAGGUUUCGCUGAGGAGUUGAGAGGACAAACAGGCGGACAAGCUUUCCCCCAAUGCGUCUUUGAUCAUUGGCAACUUCUAUCGGGUGACCCUCUGGAGCAGACGUCACGAGCCGGAACUGUCGUAGCCGACAUCAGACAGCGGAAAGGUCUCAAUCCCGUCAUACCCAAACUUGACAACUUCCUGGAUAAACUCUAA